CCUGGUCUAUCAGCUGAAGUUUGCUCGGUCAUGCAGUACAUGAUUAUUUGAACCGAUACUAUCGCAUUUUUCCUGCAUUAAGCUUAUGUGGUGAUGUGACUGUUGUGAUUUAAAGCUUAUCCGACUUAACACACUACUACUUACUAUUACUUCUCCUCACGAGCAAACUGCCGGGGAAGAAUUUACCAACCUUGACCUUGCAUCGCAUCUCUCCACCUGCCAUGUCAUUUGGAACGAGCAUAGCACACACAACAUUGAUCGGUCGGGUGGAUGGUUGAGGGAUCCCCUACGGUCGAAAAAGCAAUCCUUGUGUUUAUGAGGCAACAACAGCAUUGUGUCUAUACUUGAGUAACGAGCUCUUUCGCCGGACGGAAGACGCUUGAACUCCCCACUAUACGUCAAAACCUGCCUACCAUGGGAAGACUUAUCAAAAAUCACUGGGCGCGACUGAUUAUCCUCACAGCCUCAGCUUACCAAAUUGGCGGGGCGAUCGAAGGAUUUAUCUGGCCGAAGGUGUUCUGGGACUUUAUGACGCUCAAUCUGAACGGCGCUGUGAAUCCGGUCCCUAUUCUUCAGAUUCUCAACCUCCUCUUAGGUCUACUCGGACUUGCAUGGGAAUGGCCUUUGAAAUCUGUCGCCGGCUCCCUCGCGCACCGCAGCAUCGAAUUCCGAUUGAUCUUCUAUCCCCUCAGCGCUCUCCUCUCCAUGCUCCUCUACCAGGGAACGGACCCUGCUCUAUACUAUGUUAUUGGAAUCGGGGUGUAUUUCUGGGCCUACAGUGAGGGCGAGGUCGUUUGCCCUGUACCAUGGACCCUCCCGAAACGAAGCGAAUACAAGGUAUAGCAUGACUUGUACCAACACGAAACCUCACACUUGACGACCACGACAUGAUAUGAUUUUACGAAACGAUACCCAGCGAUGCUAGUAUAUCGGUAAUAUGUGCUUUAUGGAGUUUGGACAGAUAAAAGGUCCUCUUUCAGUCAGCGAUGACUGUCCAGCUAUUGACCUGGAUGUGGCAGUUAUAAGGACUCUGUUGCCUGGAUGCCAGAGUAUAUGUAUCUGAGUGUAUUAUAGUUCUUUUUUAUCUCAAAACGAA